AAACCGGGCUUGGGGUGAUAUUUAACUCCUGGAGCUACGGUGCAUUAUGAGAGUGAUUCUGGAGCUUGUUCUUAUCCUUGUACUUUCCACGGCACAAUGUGGUUCUACAACUAAAGUUCCUAGAUCUGAUUGCCAAAAGCAGUGUGGCCACAUUGACAUGGAGUACCCAUUUGGCAUCGGCACUGACUGCUCCUUCAAUGGAGGUUUCGACAUCAACUGCACGAACCAAAAUGGCGUGUUCAAGCCAUUCAUCGGUGACUUCGAGCUGCUCAAUAUCUCCCUAACUCAGAGCACGGUCCGGGUGCUCAACUUCAUCACAGCGUACUGCUACAACUCAUCUGGGUCCAUGGAGGUCAGUGGUCCUCGCGGUUUCAACGGUACCAAUACUCCCUACCGGCUUUCAGAUGUCCGCAACAAGUUCACCGUCGUCGGAUGCAACACCCUUGGUUACAUCGUCGACGACGGUAACAGACGCUAUCAGAGUGGAUGCGUCUCGACGUGCCGCAAUCUAUCCGACCUGGUGGACGGCGUCUGUUCCGGCAUGGGCUGCUGCCAGACCGCGAUACCAAACGGAAUGUACUACUACCGAGCCGGCUUCGACAUGGGAUUCAACACAAGCCAAACCUGGAGGUCCACUGGCCGUUGCAGCUACGCCGUGCUGAUGGAGGCAUCUGAAUUCAACUUCAGCACCGCGUACAUAAACUCCACCAGGUUCAAUGACACAAACGCCGGGCGCGUCCCUAUGGUGGUUGACUGGGCUUUCAGAGGGGAGGGAUCAUGCGUGACUGCCGAACGGAAUGAGACGGGCGAUUAUGCUUGCCUUAGCAGCAACAGCAAGUGCGUGAAUUCUACCAAUGGACCAGGGUAUUUUUGCAACUGCUCUCAAGGGUAUGAAGGUAACCCUUACCUUCCAGAUGGAUGCCGUGAUACCAAUGAAUGUAAUCGCCACCCAUGCCCUUCAGGUGGCGUUUGCCACAACACGAUAGGGGGAUACUACUGUUCUUGUCGAGCAGGAAGAAAGUUUUCCGGCGAAACAAAUGCAUGCAACCCUGAUAUCGGCCUAAUUAUAGGAGUUAUUGCCGGCUUCCUUGCACUCAUGAGCAUUGCCUUCUGCAGACACAUGAUUAUUCAAAGGAGAAAACUGAACAAAAUCAAGCAGGAAUAUUUUCGCCAACAUGGGGGUACGCUUUUGUUUGAGCGAAUGAAAUCAGAGAAAGGUCUUGCCUUCACCGUAUUUUCGGAAGCUGAACUCAUACAUGCCACAAAUAAUUUCGACAAGAGCAGAAUAAUUGGGCAAGGAGGCCAUGGGACGGUAUAUAAAGGGAUGGUGAAGGACGACAUGCAAGUCGCCAUUAAGAGAUGUGCACUUAUUGACGAAAGGCAAAAGAAGGAAUUCGGUCAAGAAAUGCUCAUCCUAUCCCAAAUCAAUCACAAGAACAUUGUAAAACUCCUAGGUUGUUGCCUUGAGGUUGAAGUUCCAAUGCUAGUCUAUGAGUUCAUCCCAAAUGGAACAUUAUUUGAACUUAUCCAUAGGAAGAACCAAGGGUUGCAAAUCUCUUUUGGCACCCUGUUAAGGAUUGCUCACGAAGCAGCCGAAGGGCUUCACUUCCUACAUUCAUAUGCAUCUCCACCAAUUCUCCAUGGUGACGUGAAAACUGCCAACAUACUCCUUGAUAAGAACCAUAUGGCUAAAGUGUCAGACUUUGGAGCAUCCAUACUAGCUCCAUCUGACAAAGAGCAGUUUGUCACAAUGGUUCAAGGUACAUGUGGCUAUCUUUACCCAGAAUACAUGCAAACAUGCCAACUGACCGACAAGAGUGAUGUGUAUAGCUUCGGUGUUAUUAUCCUGGAGAUCCUCACCGGCGAAGUGCCACUGAAGCUCGUAGGACCUGAGAUGCAAAGAAGCUUGUCGUCAGUUUUUCUGUCCGCCAUGAAGGAGAACAAUCUUGAUUCAGUGUUGGCGAGCCACGUGAAAGGCCAAGAGAGCAUGGAACUAAUAAGGGGACUUGCUGAGCUAGCCAAGCAAUGCCUUGAUAUGUGCGGCAGCAACAGGCCAUCGAUGAAAGAGAUCGCCGACGAACUCGGCCGACUAAGGAAGCUUUCGCCGCAUCCUUGGGUACAGGACGAUGCAGAGAUAGAAAUAGAGAGCCUUCUUGGAGGACCUUCUACAACUACCAAUGGUUUUGAGAUAGUAACAAGCACAGGGUACGCUACAGAGGAGCGUGAGAACCUCCCCAUGAACCCAGGAAGUUCGUAUUAUGCAAGGUAAAUAAAAAGUAUAAAACAUGUGAAAAUGGAACUUAAUUAAGGUUAUAAAAUAAUUCAGUGGCAUGCUAGGUCUCUGAGCAGUAUACAAAAUGUAGCAGGACAUUCUGUUCUCUUUGUUCCUGAACCUGGCAACUGGUAUCAUGUGUACUGUAAUUUGCACGAUGGCUGUAUACGUUUGACUACGGCAAACUAGACAAUUUCGACACAUUGGGGCCUCCUAUGUUGUGAUUUGUGCGGCCCAACCAAAAU